GUAAUGCAUUAAUUAGUAAUUAUUUACUGCUAUUUAAUUACUUAUCCCUUGAAAAAGUAGAAAUUAAAGGAGUACUCUUAAUUUCAUAGCCUUGUAUUGUCGAGGUUGAUGUGGGAUUUAGAAAAUAAUUAGUAAUAAGUAGCCUAAUGCAAUACUUUAAGAGAGUAAUUAGUACAGUAAUGUAAUUACACUGCUGGAGAUAUAAUUAGUAGGCUAGCUAGUAAUUAAUUGUUUUUUAGAGUAACUUACCCCACACUGCCAAAGUUAUUUAGAAAUCUGCUGUAAUGAAGAAGUGAAACGAAACGAUGCGUUAACAUAAUUUUAAAUUGUGGUAUCAAGGGCUUUUUGAUUGAUUUAAUCGGUUAAUUGGACUAAAAACCCUCGGUAAAAACAGAGUUUGGAUGAUUUCGAGUCAUGUGACUUAUCAUUUCAGCUAUAGCCUACAUCAGUAACAAGUUUUAACAUGCAGCUAACCCAAAUUUCACUCCGACUGUGAAAGAACCGGUAAAAAUACUCGUUCAUUUUCAUUUGACGGAUGAUUUUCACAAUUCCUUCUUCAUGCAUGGGCUGAAGCAGACUUGAUGGGGUUUAUUCGCGUUGUGCAUCAGCGUAAAUCAAACACCAGCUGAACAAUUAGUUCCAAAUACGCGUCGAUACGCGUCUCUGCAGCAAUGUUACUACAUCUCCAAGAUACACGAAUCGGAAGUCUGUUUCUUGCUGUUAAUCUUUUAGUAGUGGGAUACUGUUGCAGUGCGGUAACAAUUCAGAAACCUGCACCAUUUUGCAUCCUCAUUAAAUCAGAACAAACGAGUUCUCAGGUGAGCUUUCUCAUCCACUCACCGGACACCACAGCAUCUCCUCUCUUUUACUGGAGCAAGUGGACAUCAGAGAAACGCCUUGAAGGUUGUUUCAUGAGUGGCGACGGGACACUGGUUACGCGUUAUCGGUCACUCUGCCGUCAAGAGCGCGCACGGGACAAUGAGAAACCACUGCACUUCAACUUAAGCGCGCUACUGGAAGAUGCCAGUCUGUGUGACGUGAACACGUUUUUCAAUUUCACUUUACACAAAGAACACAUAUCUCAAGGCCAGCAGAUGGAUUCAAGUGCAAAAAGUCGCCAAAAACGCGCGUGGGUUUUCCCGGGAACAUUUUGGUGUGGACGCGGCACCAGCGCCAAGGACUAUGAACAGCUGGGUAUGUUUGUGCACGCAGAUCGAUGCUGUCGAGAUCACGAUCACUGUGAGCACAUCAUCCGCUCGUUUUCUGUGAACUUCGGGGUGUUCAACCCCACUCUGUUCACUCUCUCACACUGUGACUGUGACCGCAGGUGA